AUGAGUGAUUGUGUGGAGGAAGAAGAGGACAGAGCAGAAUGUCCAGGAUCCAGCUGUCUGUCUAUGAAGAGUGACUGGUCCAAAGAGUUUGUUCCUCCAGACUUCAGUAAUGAACCUGGGCCCUCAGACACAAAAGGUCAGGACCACAGACUGAGAGCAGAGUCUCCAGGAUCCAGCUGUCUGUCUGUGAAGAGUGACUGGUUCAAACUGUUUAUUCCUUCAUGGUUCAGUAAUGAACCUGGACCCUCGGACACAAAAUUUUCAGCAGAUAGUGGUCUGCAGAAGGUUUUAGAUGAACAUAAGAUCAGUCUGAGGAGGAGAUAUGAACGUGUGACUGAAGGAACUGAUGGAACAGGAAGUGAAACCUUCCUCAACAGGAUCUACACUGAGCUCUACAUCACAGAGGGACAGAGUGAAGAGGUUAAUACCCAACAUGAGGUGAGGCAGCUGGAGUCAGCUUCCAAGAUGAAGACCCUCCAUGACACUUUAAUCAAGUGCCACGACAUCUUUAAAGCCUUACCUGACCAACAGAGACGCAUCAGAGUCGUUCUGACGAACGGCGUCGCUGGCGUUGGAAAAACCUUCUCAGUGCAGAAGUUCACUCUGGACUGGGCAGAGGGCUCUGAAAACCAAGACGUCAGUCUGCUGGUUCUGCUUUCGUUCAGGGAGCUGAACCUGAUCAAAGAUGAGCAGUACAGUCUUCUCAUGCUGCUCCACGUUUUCCAUCCAACAUUAAAGAAGGUCACAGCAGAGAAGCUCGCUGUCUGUAAAGUGUUGUUCAUCUUUGAUGGCCUGGAUGAAAGCAGACUUUCACUGGAUUUCAGUAACAGGGAGGUCGUGUCUGAUGUCUCACAGAAGUCAUCUGUCAACGUGCUGCUGACAAACCUCAUCCAGGGGAAUCUGCUUCCCUCAGCUCUGGUCUGGAUAACUUCCCGACCUGCAGCAGCCAAUCAGAUCCCUCCUGCAUGUGUUGGCAGGGUAACAGAAGUACAAGGCUUCACUGACACCCAGAAGGAGGAGUACUUCAGGAGGAGAUUCAGUGAUGAAGAGCUGUCCAGAAGAAUCAUCUCACACAUCAAGACAUCCAGGAGCCUCCACAUCAUGUGUCAGAUCCCAGUCUUCUGCUGGAUCUCUGCUACAGUUCUGGAGCACAUGUUGACCAAAGAACAGGGAGGAGAGCUGCCCAAGACCCUGACUGACCUGUACUCACACUUCCUGCUGGUUCAGACAAAGAGGAAGAAGCACAAGUAUGAUGAGGGACAUGAGACGAGUCCACAGGAGCUGACGAAGGCUGACAGGGAAGUUCUUCUGAAGCUGGGGAGGCUGGCGUUUGAACAUCUGGAGAAAGGAAACAUCAUGUUCUACCAAGAAGACCUGGAGCAGUGUGGUCUUGAUGUCACAGAGGCCUCAGUUUACUCAGGAGUUUGUACAGAGAUCUUUAAAAGAGAGAGUGUGAUCUUCCAGAAAACAGUCUACUGCUUUGUUCAUCUGAGCAUUCAGGAGUUUCUGGCUGCAGUCUACAUGUUCCACUGUUACACAGAGAGAAAGACAAGAGAGCUGAGGACUUUCCUGGGACAAGACUACAAACACUGGGACUCAGACCCUUUAAUCUUGAGUCUCUCAUUGAUACAUAGGGACAAAUAUAACUAUAGCAGCCACUCAUCACUCGAUGACCUCCUCAGUGAUGCCAUGGAGAAAUCCCUCCAAAGUAAAAAUGGCCACCUGGACCUGUUUGUUCGCUUCCUUCAUGGCCUGUCUCUGGAGUCCAACCAGAGACUCUUAGGAGGCCUUCUGGGUCAGACAGAGAACAGACCAGAAAUCAUCCAGAGAGCCAUCAACAACCUGAAGAAGAUGAACAUAAAUUAUAUCUCUCCUGACAGAAGCAUCAACAUCUUCCUCUGUCUGAUGGAGAUGAACGACCGCUCAGUACAUCAGGAGAUCCAAGAGUUCCUGAAGUCAGAGAACAGAUCAGAGAAGAGACUCUCUGAGUUCCAUUGUUCAGCUCUGGCCUACGUUCUGCAGAUGUCAGAGGAGGUUCUGGAUGAUUUGGACCUGAACAAGUACAACACAUCAGUAGAGGGACGACGGAGACUGAUCCCAGCUGUGGGGAACUGCAGAAAAGCUGUGUUGAGUUACUGCAGUUUGUCAGAGAUCAGCUGUGCUUCUCUGGCCUCAGCUCUGAAGUCCAACCCCUCCCAUCUGAGACACCUGGACCUGAGCUACAACAACAAGCUGCAGGAUUCAGGAGUGAAGCUGCUGUGUGGUUCUCUGGAGAGUCCACACUGUAGACUGGAGACUCUGAGGUUGAGGCGCUGCAGUUUGUCAGAGAUCAGCUGUGCUUCUCUGGCCUCAGCUCUGAAGUCCAACCCCUCCCAUCUGAGACACCUGGACCUCAGUUACAACAACCUGCAGGAUUCAGGAGUGAAGCAUCUGUGUGGUUUUCUGCAGAGUCCAGACUGUGGACUGGAGACUCUGAGGUUGAUUUACUGCAGGUUGUCAGAGAUCAGCUGUGCUUCUCUGGCCUCAGCUCUGAAGUCCAACCCCUCCCAUCUGAGACACCUGGACCUGAGUAAAAACAACCUGCAGGAUUCAGGAGUGAAGGAUCUGUGUGGUUUUCUGCAGAGUCCAGACUGUGGACUGGAGACUCUGAGUUUGAGUUACUGCAGUUUGUCAGAGAUCAGCUGUGCUUCUCUGGCCUCAGCUCUGAAGUCCAACCCCUCCCAUCUGAGACACCUGGACCUGAGUGGAAACAACCUGCAGGAUUCAGGAGUGAAGGAUCUGUGUGGUUUUCUGCAGAGUCCAGACUGUGGACUGGAGACUCUGAGGUUGAGUUACUGCAGGUUGUCAGAGAUCAGCUGUGCUUCUCUGGUCUCAGCUCUGAAGUCCAACCCCUCCCAUCUGAGACACCUGGACCUGAGUGACAGCAACCUGCAGGAUUCAGGAGUGAAGGAUCUGUGUGGUUUUCUGCAGAGUCCAGACUGUGGACUGGAGACUCUGAGGUUGAGGCGCUGCUGGUUGUCAGAGAUCAGCUGUGCUUCUCUGGCCUCAGCUCUGAAGUCCAACCCCUCCCAUCUGAGAGACCUGGACCUGUGGGGAAACAACCUGCAGGAUUCAGGAGUGAAGCAUCUGUCUGAUCUUGUGGAGAGUCCAGACUGUGGACUGCAGACUCUGAGAUUGAGUUCCUGCAGUUUGUCAGAGAUCAGCUGUGCUUCUCUGGCCUCAGCUCUGAAGUCCAACCCCUCCCAUCUGAGACACCUGGACCUGAGUGAUAAUAACAAGCUGCAGGAUUCAGGAGUGAAGCUGCUGUGUGGUUCUCUGGAGAGUCCACACUGUAGACUGGAGACU